AUGUCAGUCUUGCAGCAGCAGCCGCAGCCCGAAGCGAUGGAGACAUUGGACGAAAAGGCCGGGCCAUCGAACCUGGCCAUGGAAGUUGACGAGCCUGUGUCCGUACGAGACCACGAGGCAUUCGCGGCCAAGCAGCUCCCGGACCUUGGACAUGAAGUCGAGGACUUCCAGGUAUAUACCUGGCGAUUAACCAAAUGGCGACAACUCGAAAAGAAGAUCACCAGUCCCGAGUUUGAUUGCGGCGGACACCGAUGGCGUAUCCUGCUGUUCCCGGCUGGGAACUCCAAUUCGCCGCCAAACGAUACAGUGUCCAUAUAUCUUGACUAUGCGAAUCCCAAGAACGCACCCGAGGGAUGGCACGCAUGCGCUCAAUUUGCGCUUGUCAUGUCUAACCCGCAAGAUCCUACGAACUUUGUGUGUAGUCACGCGCACCAUCGGUUCAUUGCCGAGGAAUGCGAUUGGGGUUUCACACGAUUCCAUGACCUCCGAAAGCUCUUUACAGGCAUUGAAGGACGUAGACCGAUCAUUGAAGGCGACGAGGCUGACAUAACCGUGUUCGUUCGAGUACUGAAAGAUCCAACUGGUGUACUAUGGCAUAACUUUGUAAAUUAUGACUCAAAGAAGGAGACGGGUUUCGUUGGAUUGAAGAACCAAGGUGCAACAUGUUAUAUGAAUUCACUACUACAAUCGCUCUAUUGCACACGGUAUUUCCGAAGAGCCGUGUACCAGAUACCUACCGAGGAUGACAUACCUUCCGAGAGCGUUGCUCUAGCUUUGCAGCGCGUGUUUUAUCAUCUGCAAACUUCUGAUCAGCCUGUCGGUACGACUGAACUGACCAAAUCCUUUGGUUGGAAAUCAUUGGACUCUUUCAUGCAGCACGACGUUCAAGAAUUCAAUCGGGUACUCCAAGACAAGCUCGAGUCAAAGAUGAAGGGAACUCCUGCGGAAGGCGCGAUCAACAAACUGUUUUUAGGCAAAAUGAAGAGCUAUAUCAAGUGUGUGAACGUGGACUUUGAGUCAUCGCGUGUAGAGGAUUUUUAUGGCACGUACACGCCGUAUAAGAUGAGACGAGUAUCACUAAUAUUAUCCAAAGACAUCCAAUUGAAUGUCAAGGGCAUGGCAAAUCUUUACGAGUCGUUCAAAGACUACGUCGCUGUCGAGACGUUGGAAGGCGAUAACAAGUACCAGGCUGAAGGUUUAGGGUUGCAAGAUGCCAAGAAGGGUGUUAUAUUCCAAGAAUUUCCACCAAUACUUCACCUGCAACUUAAGCGUUUCGAAUAUGACAUUCAGCGCGAUGCGAUGGUCAAGAUUAAUGACCGACAUGAAUUCCCCUUCGAGAUUGAUCUUGCUGAAUUCUUGGAUGACACUGCCGACAAGACACAGCCCUGGGUUUAUAAGCUUCAUGGUGUUCUUGUUCAUUCGGGCGAUUUGCAUGGUGGACACUACUUUGCGCUCAUCAAGCCUGAUCGUGAGACACGCUGGCUCAAGUAUGAUGAUGAUCGAGUGACGCCCGUAACGGAUCGCGAAGUCUUGGAAGAGAAUUAUGGCGGAGAGUUGUCCAAUGGUCUAGUCAAUAAUCAGCGCAACCCCGUUCGCCAGUUAAAGCGUUUUACAAACGCGUACAUGCUUGUGUACAUUCGGGAAUCGGCCAUCGAUGAGGUGCUCGCGCCUUUCACUGAAAAGGACACUCCCUUGCAUCUUAAGCAACGACUGGAAGAAGAAAGACAGGCAUCUGAAGCCAAAAAGAAAGAGCGUGAAGAGCAACACUUGUAUCUUACCGCUAGGAUCAUUACCGAUAAGACCUUUUCCAACCACCAAGGCUUCGACUUGGCUACUUUUGACGACAAGAACGCGCCUCCAUCUGACUUCCAUUCGCUUCGCAUUCUUAAGACUGAUAGUUAUGCUAUGUUCAAGUCUAUCGUUGCCAAGUCGCUCCACUAUAACGAGGCACAUAUCCGCCUAUGGGUCCUCGUAAAUCGCCAAAACAAGACAAUCCGCCCGGAUACCCAUAUUCCCGAGGACGAGGCUACCCUGAGGGAAUCUGUCGAAUCCAUCCGUAACACUAUGGCUGCUAGACAAACAGAUUUGAGGCUGUACCUAGAUGUGAUUGCCGAUGCAAAUGGACAGCUUUUGCCUGAUGCCAAUAGCCCCAACUCGAUCAUGAUUUUCCUCAAGUACUUUGACGUUUCGAAACAGACGUUAUCCGGUAUUGGCAAGGUCUACGUUCAGAAGAACAGCAAAGUUGGAGAUUUGAUCCCUAUUAUUAAUGAGCGGAUGAGGUGGCAGCCUUCAACUCCUAUCAGACUCUACGAGGAAAUCAAACCCGGAAUGAUCGAGAUUAUGAAGCCCAAGUUGACCUUUGCCCAGAAUGAAAUUCAGGAUGGAGAUAUUGUUUGCUUCCAGGCAGAGCUGAGCGAGAAGGAGACUUCCGAUCUUGAGGCGCAAGGUUUACUUUCUACCCCCAUCCAGUUCUAUGACUUGCUGCAGAACCGUGUGCUUAUCAAGUUCAAGCCACGAUUUGAGGAUGCUGGUCAAGAAGAGUUUGACCUCGUUCUCAGCAAAAAGAUGAACUAUGAUACUCUGGCCACUAAAGUUGGCGAGCACCUCCGUCACGAGCCUAUCAAACUGCGCUUCACAACCUCUUCAAACACAGGCCAACCACGUCAAGUGCUCAAACGCGCAUUGAACCAAACUAUUGCCGAGAUUCUUCAGCCCUCUUAUGGAACUGCGCCCAUUCCAAUCUUGUUCUAUGAAAUGCUGGAAGUCAGCAUUGUGGAAUUGGAGACUAAGCGGAAUUUGAAGGUAAUCUGGACAGGUUCGCAUAACCGUGAAGAGACUACCGUCUCAUUCCUGCUCCCCAAGACCUCUAUGGUGCACGAAUUGUGCGAGCAGCUUGCAAAGCACGAACAGAUCAAGCUCACUCCAGGCGAGAGUGGAAAAAUUCGCGUAUUUGAGGUGACAAAGGACGGAAAGCACCAGCAUGAGUUCAAUGCAAACGAGAUGCUCGGUAACCUUCCUGAGACUGAUAUCUAUGCCGAGGAAAUCACUGCGGAAGAGCUAUCUGCUGGAGACAACGAUAAAGUCAUUAGCGUAUUCCACUUCACUAAGGAGCUCGCAAGGUGGCAUGGCGUGCCGUUUAGGUUUGUUCUCAAGCCGAAUGAGAAGUUUGUUGACACCAAGAAACGACUUCAAAAGCGCAUGGGCAUCACCGACAAGGAAAUCGCCAAGUACAAAUUCUCACUCAUCCAGUCUACGCUAUUUAGGCAACCCAACCCGAUUGAGGAGGGCGACAUCAUCUUUGAUCACAAAUUCUUGCCGGAAGACGUUCUUGGGCUUGAUCAUAUUGACAAGACCGGAAAGGCAGGCAGAUCAGGCCCAGGAGAGAAGGCGAUCGUCAUUAAGGGAUGA